GCAAAGUGUGGAGUACACCCAAGAGAGCAUGAGUACUUCUAUCCAGCGUGUGAAGGAGCUGAAUUGUGAUUUGGGAGGCACAGAGAUUAUGGCGCCCCUGAAGGCCAUUUACAGCCAGCCGUGCCUUGAAGGACAUUCUCGACAGCUCUUUGUGUUCACUGAUGGAGAAGUGAGUAAUACAAAUCAGGUCAUUGGUGAAGUUAGGCGUAAUAGUGGCUCUCACAGGUAAGCGAAGAAAGAUAAAUUGUUUUCUUGAUGUUUAUUUUUCUGGCUUCCAUCAGCUUCUAUCCUCUUCCCCCCCCUCUCUCUCUCUC